AGUUGAUCAAAAUACGUGUCUAUUACAGUCGCGCGCGCGGCCCUAACGAAAACAGACGUGCCCAUUCAUAUAAUUGCUAAAUUCUAAAUUUAUCCGUUGCAUACACCGCAGUUACAUGUGUAGAAAAUUAAUUUCGCGGCUUGUGACGUUGAAAACAACAAAUCACGUGAAAAUGUCCAUGAAAAAAUAAUAUUAUUACAGUGUUUCAGUGUUUAGUGGUCGGAAUAUUUGUUUACACACACAGAGUGUUUGAUAGAAUAGUUCAUUUAAUCUAAAUAUAAUUGGAUCAGACAUUGACGCUGUUGAUCGAGUGAUACAAGACUGUGUUGGAAAUAAUUUUAAAACUAUGGCGUCAACACCAGACUCUCCUACUCCGACUGAUACUCCUGAGGAUACUCCCACUCCUUCGCCAGCUCCCCAAGAUGUGAACAAGUUUAACUGGUUGAAGAGAGCUCAUGCUGCGAGGAAUAAUCCCUUCGUGAAAGCAAGGCCGUCUCUCAACAGAGAGAGUUCCACAGCUGAACUGUUUUCCAGAGAAAAUUCCAGUCCAGAUUUAUUCCAGAGUUCCAGAUUAAAUUUGUUUGAUACAGCUCCUAAACCUGAAGCUAAUUCCAAUGGAUUUAAGAAGGGAGUCUCCUUCAUCGGUUGGCACCAGAGGACCCGCCUGGAGCGGGCGCUGAUGGUGAUAGCAGCGGUACUCUUCGUGGCCGUACUGCUGACCGUCACGCUGCUGCUGACGAUGAGGGGACCCAGCUACCUGCCCGUGCCACCCUGCUACCAGCCUGAGAGCAAAGACCAAGCGGUGUGCCUCAAAGGCUCCUGCAUCUACACAGCGAGUGAGGUGAUCAGGGCUCUGGACGAGACCCAGGAUCCUUGUGAAGACUUCUAUGAGUUCGCUUGUGGUGGUUGGAUCAAGAACAACCCCAUUCCUGAGGGCAAGUCCAGUUGGGGCAUCUUCAGCAAGAUAGAGCUGCAGAACCAGUUGACCAUCAGAUAUGCUCUUGAAAAAGUGAACCUCUCAAAUCCCAACGACGCUGAAGCCAAAGCCAGAAUCUACUAUGACGCCUGCAUAGACGCGAAUGAGACUAUUGAGAAACUAGGAGAGGCGCCAUUAUUAGCUGUGAUCAAGAAGCUGGGUGGAUGGCAUAUACUGCCCAGUACCAUGUCUAAACAACCUUGGGACCUGCAGACAUUGGUUCAGCAUGUGCAGAACACAUACAACCUGGGCGGUUUAUUUAACUGGGCGGUUACUGAAGACGACCGGAAUUCGUCUAAACAUGUCAUUGUGCUCGACCAAGGAGGUCUAAAUCUCCCAACCAGAGACAACUACCUCAACAGAACAGCGCAUAAAAAGGUCCUAGACGCAUACUUAGACUAUAUGACGCGCAUAUGCGUCCUCUUAGGAGCGAAUAAAACAGAAUCUAGAGCGCAAAUGAAUAAAGUUAUUCUCUUUGAAACGGAACUAGCUAAUAUAACUACUCCCUCUGAGGAUAGGAGGGAUGAGGAGGGCCUGUACAAUCCGUAUACUAUCAGACAGUGGCAGAAAGAAGUCCCCUUCAUGAAUUGGACCAUGUUCUUCAAUGAUGCUUUUAAAAUGGUUAAUAGGACUAUAUCGGACACCGAAAGAAUAGUAGUGUAUGCGCCAGAAUACUUCAAGAACCUCACUAAAGUCAUUAAGAAAUACAGCAAAACUGAAGAAGAUCAGAGAACCCUAACAAGUUACAUGAUGUGGCAAGUCUCCCGGUCUCUCUCGACGUACCUCUCCAAGUCCUUCCGAGAUGCCACCAAGAUCCUGAGGAAGGCACUCUUUGGCUCGGAGGGCACUGAAGAGUCCUGGCGAUACUGUGUCACUGAUACUAAUAAUGCUGUUGGUUUCGCAGUAGGAGCGAUGUUCGUCCGAGAGGUAUUUCACGGUGAAGCGAAGACUCAAGGCGAGAUCAUGAUCAACAACAUCCGUAAUGCCUUCAAGAGAAACCUUAAGAACCUGGAUUGGAUGGACGCGGAGACUAGGAAGGCUGCUGAAAUCAAGGCAGACGCUAUCACUGAUAUGAUUGGUUUCCCCGACUACAUUCUACACAAGGAUGAGCUGGAUAAGCAAUAUGAGGAACUAGAAGUCAAACCCAACGAGUACUUUGAGAACAACAUCGCUUUCAAUGUCUUCAGCUUGAAAAAUGACCUGAAUAAACUGGACAAGCCUGUCAACAAGACUAAGUGGGGCAUGACACCAUCAACAGUGAACGCGUACUACACUCCCACAAAGAACCAGAUUGUGUUCCCGGCUGGUAUACUGCAGCUGCCGUUCUAUGAUGGAGACAACCCCAAGGGAGUUAAUUAUGGAGCCAUGGGAGUGGUGAUGGGACACGAACUGACCCACGCUUUUGAUGACCAGGGAAGGGAGUAUGACAGGUAUGGUAAUCUGAACCAGUGGUGGAACAACGCAACUAUAGCGAGAUUCAAGAGGCGAGCCAAAUGUUUCCAGGAACAAUAUUCUAAUUACUCGGUAGAUGGCGUGCGGCUGAAUGGGAAGCAGACGCUUGGUGAGAACAUAGCUGACAACGGUGGUCUGAAGGCAUCAUUCCAUGCGUACCUAGACUACAGUAGGACUGCGAAAGUGAACCUUACGCUACCAGGAUUAAAGUACAAUGACCGGCAACUGUUCUUCAUCUCUUUUGCUCAGGUAUGGUGUUCAGCAAUGACCAAAGAAUCCACAAAGAUGCAGAUUGAAAAGGAUGACCACACGACCGCCAAAUAUCGGGUUAUAGGGCCAAUAGCCAAUUUGAAGGAGUUUUCCGAAGAGUUCAACUGCCCUAUAGGGUCCAAAAUGAACCCUAGAGAUAAGUGUGAAGUAUGGUAAAGGUCUCGAAAUGAGGUUUGUAAGAAACAUUUUGUGGUAAAUAGAACAAGCAGGUCUUACUUUGAAUUAUGCUGGUAUGCUUAUUGUGAUGAAAUGUAGAUACUCAGUUUACUGGUCGGCGAAGUAAUUUGAAUAGUUUCGAGUCAUGCCAAGGAUUUAUAAUCUUUAGAAAGUUGGUCCGAAACUAGUCGAGUUACCUCGUUAAACAGUACUGUAUGCCAUAAUUAAUUAAAUGUGUUUUAAUAUUUAUUAAGCUACAAGACACCAUGCUACCUUACAUGAUACCGUAUACCAUGCAACUUGCAAAUCAUUAGAGAGUCAUAAGAUCUGAAAAAAAGAUAGAGAAAGACCUUUACGUUUAGACCUGUCUGUUAUAUUUACCUUAAUACGUAAAGUAGUUAAAAUGCAGCUAACGUUGGCAUUUUUAUUCAUAGAAUACAGCAAAAGAAAUUGUUUAUAUGGUUUUGAAGUUGACAAAUUGUUAAAGUCUGGCUAUCGAAAGCUGUCGAAAGCUGAGCUGCCAACCUUGGCCAUAAACUGCUUAAACGCUUUCGUUGGCAUAGUUAGAUUUUUGUUCUUGUGAAUGAAUUGUUACAAAAUUAUAAACUUUGACGAAUUUAUCAAUGCGGGCAGAAAAAUAUGGAACUCUUGUGAAGCUAUUCAAAAUGACAACACAAAUAAAGCAAGAAAACAAUGAUUCUCAAUCACGCAUCGCGACCAUAAAAGUUACAGAUAGUAAAUAAGAGAAUCACUGUUCUAUAACAUUCGAAAGUUGACAACAGUGACAUCUAGCGAUAGCAAGUGAAGUUAAAUGUUGACUCAAUUUUAACUACUUUACAUUCAAGUUUACACAUUUUGGCAAACAUUGUUACUAUAGUUUCGACAGUUAAUAUUGAAUUUUAUUCCGUUACGAAUAAGAAUAAUAAUUGAUUGCAAGAAUUAAAUCCGUCAAAUAUUAUCUUGCCAUCAAAGACGUACUUAUCACAACGGAAUAAAACUCAAAAUUGGCUAAAUGAGCGGUAAUUUAAAUUUGUCAAAAUGUAAACCAUUAUUUGGAAUAGAGAAAAGGGUGGUCAGACCUAAAAUAAAUUAGAUAUUUAUACUAUUUAUGUAUAUAUUAUGAGCUUAGCAGUUGUGUGAAACGGGUAAAUGAUUUAGUACCUAACGCGUAUAUAUAGGAACGAAAUCAUUUUGUACAUAUAAUCAAUGACAGUGCGAGUUAGUUAGAAUUUAUUUUAACCAAUAUUUAAGAACUUUGUUCGUAGUGGAACUUAGGAAAAAAUAGACAGUUUUCAAAAAAAAAAAAGAAAUAAAAUUAGUUAGUUUUUCGUUGUAAAUUAUUAUAUAUUUGUGGCUUUGCAAUUUUAGUAUCUUUUCCCAUCUCUAUGUAAGCUUUUAGUAGAAUAAAAAUAUGAUUAUUUUACAUAAUCAAAAACAGAUUUUAUUAAUUCAUAUUAUUCAGUUUUAAAACUAUCAAAUGAACAAUUCUUUUACUUUAAAUAUGGAGAUUGCGGAGAUUUUUACUGUUUUCCAACAUGACGUAUAAAAUCUAAGACAUAUGUACAGUCGAACGCAAAAUUUCAUAAACAAAACCUAUAAUAUGUUUCAUUUUGCAAAAAAAUAUAUUUUACUCACAGUUCUAUUACAAACAAAGUUCAGCAAUAGUACAAUAGCCGCACAUUAUAAUAUAAUUUUUAAUAGCUAAAUGAUAAUAAAAUUAAGUUAAAAAAGUGCCAAAUGUCCACUUGCAAACAUAAUGCUUGGAGCACUUUUAAUUAAUACAUAUACCACAAAAAUUAAUAUUCAUCAUUAUUUUAGUCGAAUAGCUAGAUUAAAAUUAAAAAAUAUUAAAAUAAAGCAUAGUACACACAGUCCGAUGAUUUAAAUCGAUCUGUCAAAUUUCGUAACAUAAUGUGUCCACAGAUGGCGUUGUUCACAAAAACGCCUUAAACAUGAACAUAGAUCAAAAAUUAUUUAACCAAUUAGAUUAUAGAAAUAUUUAUAACAAAACAAAAUGUGGCUAACGGUGCAGUAUUAUAUUACAUAGAACAAAAAUAGCUGUAAAAUCAAAAGGAUUUAGUAUGAAAAUAAUAGUAGGUGCCUGAAUGCUUUGAUAUGUCGAUGGUGCUCUCCCUAAGCAAAGACGAGGUGAACAGUGAAAUAAAAGUAAAAAUGUCACUCGUAGAGCAUGUAGCUAAGAAAUAUACAUUUAAAAUUGAAACGUGAGUGCACAUAAAGAGUAUUUUCUAUUAAUGGUCGCUUGAAAUGCGUUUAAAAUAAUAUCGUUGUAUUUCACCUCGUCUCUCAGUAAUAAUGUAACUUCCAUAUAGAUAAUACAAAAUGUACCUAUAUACCAAUAAAUGUAGAUCAUAGGCUCAAUUUCCUCAAACACCUGUCUUCUAUCUUAUGUACCUUCAAGGUGCAUUCAAAAAUAUACUGUAUCCUUAUUAUAUUUAGAAUACAAUUUACUUAAAACUAAUCAAAUCUCGCAUUGUAUUCUCUAUAUUCUCUCAUGAAUGCUUCCUUGAUAACCUAGGUGUUAAAAAUGUAUAAUUAUUGUAAGACAAAUUGUUGGGCAUAUGUCCGAAUAAUGCCCGAAUACUCAAACGCUACUCAAUUUUAAGACGCUCUCAAGUGUAGUUCUGUCACUAUCAAUUCUUUAUAAAAUGACAGAGAUAGCACGAUAUUUAAGUACAACUUAAAAUUGAGUAGCAUUUGAGUAUUCGGGCGAUAGAUAGACCGUCUUUACAGUGCGUUUCUAUGGUAAGGCUUGUUUUAAACAAACGAUGUUUGAGUGCCAUAAAAAUACUCUAGAACUAAUGACGCAAACGUCUUUUCAGGGCUUUCCAUUAACAUUAAUUGUAAUUGUAACAGACGGGUGAUCAAAUAGGAUAUCACUGUACAAGCGGUCUUUGCAUCAUUGACUAUACCUGUUUAUACUAAAUACCACUGAUUUAUUUAUUCAGCCAAAAUAAUUCUCUGUUUUUGAAACUAGUAAGUAUUGAGAUGCAUAUAAUAUAAUCUUGAGAGUACUGUAGGCAUAAAAGUUAAAAACUGUUUUAUAUAAAACAAAUAUAAGUUUCAUAAUGACAGUGGCAUUCUUGUCUGACCAAAAUAGACCAAGAGUUCUGGCUUGUUUGGCGUAGCCAUUUAUUUCACCUGAAUAAAUAAUUCAGUGGUACAGUAACAAUAUUUAAUGCUUGUGUGUGUCUUACCUAAUUACAUAUAAUAUUGGACCACUCCCAUAUUAUAUGGUCCAUGACUAAAUACAAGUGUCGCUAAAAAUAAUUUAAAUAAUACUAUUUCAAGGAAAACAGAAAUAGUAAAUGUUUUUAUAGCGGUUUUCAGUUAAAGAGUACCUUUGUGGUAUUCGAAGUAAAAUCUAUGUUAAAUAGUUUAUAUUAUGUUGUUUUAAAGACAGAUAGGUGGUUAAAACUUAUUUUUAUUUAUUUAUUUUUACAAUAUUCAUAAUUUUUGUAAUUUAGAAAUAUCUUAGGUGGUGUCAGUCUCCAAUGAAUUAUUAUUUUUGUAAAUAUUUUUACCUAAUUCUUAUUUAAUAUUAAGUUGAAUGUAUUGAAAUGUGCAAUGUUUAGACUUAAUGUACUUAUUAAGUAAAGUGUAUCGUAAUUUUUGUAUUUAGUGCCAUCUGUUAGUUUGGAAUGUCAACUAAAGCCUCGUUACACUAGCAAAACAUUUGACAACCUCUGCCGUAGUUUGAGACAUUUAAUGUUUACUUAAACUAUUGCUUAGAAACGAUUUUGUUUUGGAAAACGGUUUUGUUGAGUUAAGUAACCUUUAAAUGGCUUUAAGUACGGCGGUAAGUGUCUUUUCUCAUGGUCCAGUUGCUAGCCAAUGCCAGCAUUCCGGUAGCUAAGUGUAUACCCAUAGCGUAUACCUCAAAUACGUUAUCUAUUAAAAACAAACCGGUACUUUUUAACGUAAAUUUGCUGCCAGCUAGCAAGUAUUCGCUAACCGGGUCAUACGAAAAGGGCAUAAUUAGUAGAUACUAAUGUGGAGCAUACACAACAGCCUGGUCGAGUAUUUUGUGGCCUAAGUACCUACUAGGUACCAUAGACCACACAGUACUAACUAGGCUUCUUAUUUUUAGACGGUGUAACGCAAAGAUGCUGGUCAUUAUUAUGUGUUAUUGUUAAAUCAUGCUUUAGUUACGUCUUUUAGGUGUAUUUGUGUGUGAUAUAAGAUAUUGUGUACGUGUCAAUGUUUUCGUAGGUACAGUCAGUGUCAAAAGUAUGUGUACUGCUUACCUACCCAAAAAGUAACCAACUUCACAGUUGUACACGUUCACAGUUUUUGAUACUGAUUGCUUGAAAUACAUACAUAUUUUUGUAUAUUUUACAUAUUAUGUAAUAGAUUUAAUUUUAUCGAUGUUUUGCAUUAACGUGUAUGUUAACCUGUAGUUAGCUAUUUGUGUGUAUUUAAAGAGUGGGAGUACAAAUGUAUGAGAUUUCAGAUGUUGUUACCUAAAGCUAUAUUUGCUUAGCUAAACUAAUUGUCCACUUAUAAACAAAAGUGGACUUUAUGAACAAGUUUUUCCUAUCCAUUGUUUAUUCAAAUAUCCCUAUCAAAUAAAAUAAGAUAUUAACUGUGGCUUUUAAAUUUUUGAUAUAAAUCAUAAUGGAGUAUACUAUAAUUAAAUACAUUUUGUCGUAUCACUGACAACCGAAAUAUUGAAAUGGCGACAAAAUUAAAUUAACUAAAAAUUGACAAUAAACUUCUCGUCUCUCGGUGUCCCCUUUGUAUAAAAGGUAUAGUAAAAUAACUUUUAUAUUUGAAAUCAUACAUACACCCAUACAAUCGCCAAACCGUCAUUAAAUAAUCUUUAUAAUAAUAUUUACGUAAGUUUUACAUAAUAAUAUUGUAUGUUAAAUCAAAUUAAAUGAUAAAAUUUACUUAAAUAACAAAAUUAUGAGCACGCCAUUUGUAAAAUUCACAAAAUAUUUGAAUUUUUCAAUAUCUGUUUAGCUAAUAGACGUCACGAUAAGGUCUUAUUACUAAAAAUACGUAAUAACAUAAUUAUCCUAAAAAUAAUUUGUUAUUUAAGACUAAAUAUGUAUAAAAUACAUUUUUUAUCGUCAAACAAACUACAGUCACAUGAAAAUGAUGUCUAUUAAUACUAUAGAAUAGAGUAUAUAUUAAAACCUAAUCGUGUCGUCUAAUAGCAAUUAUAAAAAAAACAAUUCCAUAUCAUUAGAAUUUCUUAGAUUGUGACCAAAAUAGUUUUAGCUAUUUACCUAUAAUAUCCAAGCCAAUAUAGAGCUGAAAUAAUUUAGUUUUUUAGCAAAUAUUAUUAAAAUAUCAUGUACCUAUACCAAAUAGAAGUGACAGUAUUAAAGUAAUUUCAAUGUUAUUCUCUGGUGUAUAGCGGUUUUGAGGUUUUUGUACCUUUUUUUGUUGACGGGGGGAAGCCUUCAAAAGGCGCCUAGCUUUUUGAGAAAAAACUAGGGAGUGUAGGAUUAUUACCUCUCUAAAACCUCUCCAGUGACCACCAUCUACACCUAAAGGAGGCACCGGGUCCUCUUAGUAGACCAACCCCGGAGGAGGUUUUUGUACCUAUCAACCCAAAACAAACAGAAAAAUGCUAAUAUUUUGAUUUAAAAAACCGUAGUAUUUGUUAAUCGAACCAUCACCCCAAUCAAUUUACAAAUCAGAUUUAAUUUUAAAAUAGAUUUAAAUACAUAUUUUGUCUAUUUGGAAAUAAAAUAUCAAUAUUCUGAAUUGUGAUUGCAUGUUCUUUACUGAUACCUAUACACCAGAGAAUGACAAAUAGCAGUAUUAUAAGCAAAAGUAAUCAUUGCAGCUACAUCCGAUAUGAUAAGAUUGCCAAAGUAAACUUGUAACUAGAUUUUUGUUUAUUUUAUAGUACCUACUUAAUAGGUAAUAUUCGAACGAACAACAAUGAUUUUAUACGAUUGUGUUUAUGACUGAUUUAUAUUAUUUUAUUUUGUCGAAUGUUCUUGAAAAUAAAGUUGUGUUUUCAAACUUUA